AAUUGAUUGGUUAAGACACGACGAGAACAAAUUAGUAAACGUUAACCAAACUAACUCUUGAAUUUUGAUAAUCAAAACCACAUCGAAACGGUUUUCCGACCCGACCCGACACGAAAUGCGGCGGAUCUCCACCGGCCGGAUCGCCGGAACCUCUCUCAUCAUCACCAUUUUCUGUCUCCUUCCUUUCCAUUCCCUUUCUCGUCCCUUUGUCCUUGUUCUCACUCAAGAUGAUCUCAAAGACACCGUCAAUAAUCCUUUCGAUGAUCCAAAUUCCGAACCCGAUUGGGAUGAUUUUGGUGAUACCGAUUCUAGCUCCGAGGAGGAGCUUGAUCCCGGGUCAUGGCGACCCGUUCUUGAGAAGGAAGAACUAGAGCAUCGUUUUGGGGAUUCUUCGUCUUUGUAUUAUAUGGGUGUUUCGAAAAUGGUAUCAGCUGCGAGUUCAGGUGAGGUUACAUUAAUGGCGGAAGCUUCAUCAGAGAUUGAGGUUGCUGCUAAAGGUGGUGAUCCUCAUGCUCGGUCUGUACUUGGUUUUUUGUAUGAUAUGGGGAUUGGUAGAGAGAUUAAUAAAGCUAAGGCGUUUAUGUAUCAUUAUUUUGCUGCUAAUGGGGGUAAUUUGCAAUCUAAGAUGGCUCUCGCUCAUUUUUAUGCUCGCCAAGAUAUGUAUGAACAAGCAGUAAAAUUAUAUGGUGAAUUAGCACAAGUGGCAGUGAAUAGUUUUAUGAUUUCUAAGGAUUCCCCUGUAAUGGAGCCAGUAAGAAUUCAUGUUGGAGCUGAGGAAAACAAGGAAGCAUUGAGGAAGUCUAAGGGGGAAGAUGAUGAGGAUUUUCAGAUUCUGGAAUACCAAGCACGAAAGGGUAAUGCUGUAGCAAUGUAUAAAAUUGGGAUAUUCUAUUAUUUUGGACUUAGAGGAUUGCGCCGUGAUCCUUCCAAGGCAUUGUCUUGGUUCUUGAAAGCAGUUGAGAAAGGAGAGCCCAAAUCAAUGGAACUUCUUGGGGAGAUUUAUGUUAGAGGAAUUGGGGUGGAGAGGAAUUAUACUAAGGCUCUUGAAUGGCUUGCUCUUGCUGCUAAACACCAACUUUACUCAGCUUAUAAUGGAAUUGGAUAUUUGUAUGUCAAAGGUUAUGGGGUCGAUAUGAAGAAUUAUACCAAGGCAAAAGAGUAUUUUGAAAAAGCGGCUGAGAAUGAGGAUCCUGGUGGCUAUUAUAAUCUUGGAGUCUUGUAUCUUAAAGGUAUGGGGGUAAAGAAGGAUGUGAAACGUGCUUGCAAAUUUUUUAUAUUGGCUUCGAAUCAAGGUCAACCAAAGGCUUUCUAUCAGUUAGCGAAAAUGUUUCAUACUGGUGUGGGUCUGAAGAAGAGUCUUGAAACGGCCACUGCAUUGUACAAAUUAGUUGCAGAACGAGGACCAUGGAAUUCCUUAUCUAGGUGGGCACUAGAGGCCUACUUGAAGGGUGAUGUAGGUAAAGCAUUGCUCCUGUACUCCAGAAUGGCAGAGCUGGGUUAUGAGGUAGCAGAAAGUAAUGCUGCGUGGAUUCUUGAUAAGUUUGGGGAACGUAGCAUGUGUAUUGGAGCAUCUGGAUUAUGUACAGAUACUGAAAGACACCAGCGUGCACAUUCUUUAUGGUGGCAAGCUUCUGAGCAGGGUAAUGAACAUGCAGCCUUGUUGAUAGGAGAUGCAUAUUAUUAUGGUAGGGGAACGGACAGGGAUUAUGAGCGUGCUGCUGAGGCGUAUAUGCAUGCUAAAUCUCAGGCUAAUGCGCAAGCAAUUUUUAAUCUUGGGUACAUGCACGAGCAUGGUCAGGGUCUUCCUUUUGAUCUUCAUCUUGCUAAACGCUACUAUGAUCAAGCAUUGGAAAUUGAUUCUGCAGCAAAGUUACCUGUCACCAUGGCACUUACAAGCUUAUGGUUUCGGAAAAAUUAUGCCAACAGUUUUUUGGUGCGCACAAUUGAUUCUCUACCAGAUGUGUAUCCGAAGAUUGAAGCAUGGGUUGAAAACAUUCUCAUGGAGGAAGGAAAUGCCACAAUACUGACUCUUUUCGUUUGCUUACUGACGGUCCUUUACCUUCGUGAAUGGCAACGUAGGAAUGCAGUUAAUCAGGCUGAUGAUGUCGCACAACCGCUCAACGAGCCGCCUAUCCAAGCCCCACACUGAGCUGCCAUACAUUCGUAGCAUAGUGUCAUCUGUAGAACUCUAUUUCCGUUUCGUAUAUUGGGGUCGAGCCAACUCGAUAAAUUCCAUAUUUGAGAGAUAGAGAGAUGGAUUGGUGAUCCGACAUACUUGUUACUAGGCGUAGUUUUUUCUGUCACAAUUUUUCAAAUGUUUGUGUACAGACAAGUCGACUUUUGAAGCCAUUGUACAUCAAAACCUCGACAUGGCCUUGAACGGGGUUUCGUAGUUAACUUAUUGUAAUAUUUCAUUUGAAUCUAUAUAAUUUAAAGUUUUACUCUUUUAGGUCACUGAAUUGUAGUUGUUUGAAUGUGAUCUUUACAUUAGUGCCUCUUUAUGAUUUGAAGUUGAUUUGGUGAUUGCUUGA